AUGAAUGCAAUAAGAGAAUCAAAUAAAACCUCCGGAGUAAAGCCACCUACUGUAAUUAUUCAGUCUGCCCUUAAUCUACACAAGAUUUCAAAAAUGCCGAAAAUCAAGGCCGGACCCGUUGUUGAUGUCUUGGGUGAUGAGAUGACCAGGGUUAUCUGGGACCUCAUUAAGAAAAAGCUUAUAUUGCCUUUCUUGGAUAUAGAGCUGCAUGUGUAUGACUUGGGUAUGGAAAACAGAGAUAAGACCGAUGAUCAAGUAACAAUCGACUGUGCCGAAGCUAUCAAGAAAUACAACGUCGGUAUAAAAUGCGCUACUAUUACGCCUGAUGAGAAGAGAGUUGAAGAAUUUAAGCUCAAGAAGAUGUGGAAGAGUCCUAAUGGGACAAUUCGUAACAUUCUUGGAGGUACAGUAUUCAGGGAAGCUAUUAUCUGCAAGAAUAUUCCCCGUCUUGUAACUGGCUGGGACAAGCCUAUUAUUAUUGGUCGUCAUGCUCACGCUGAUCAAUAUAAAGCAACUGACUUUGUUGUACCUGGUGCUGGCACACUUGAACUCAUUUUCAAGCCCGCCUCAGGAGACCCUGUUAUCAAACAUGUUGUUAAUGAGUACAAAGGCCCCGGAGUCGCUAUUGGCAUGUUCAACACUGAUGCAUCUAUCAUUGACUUCGCACAUUCGUCGUUCAAGUACGCUCUUGACAGGAAGUAUCCCCUCUACCUCAGUACCAAGAAUACUAUUCUUAAGAAAUACGAUGGCCGAUUCAAGGACAUUUUCGAAGAAAUUUAUGAAAAAGAAUACAAAACUCAGUUUGAAGCUAGUGGUAUUUGGUAUGAACACAGGUUGAUUGAUGAUAUGGUAGCCUAUGCUAUGAAAUCUGAAGGUGGUUUUGUCUGGGCGUGCAAAAACUACGAUGGAGAUGUGCAGUCCGAUUCCGUUGCUCAAGGGUAUGGUUCUUUGGGUCUAAUGACGUCAGUACUUCUAUGCCCUGAUGGCAAGACUGUUGAGGCGGAAGCCGCUCAUGGUACAGUAACCAGGCAUUACAGAUUCUACCAGCAAGGUAAGGAAACAUCUACCAAUCCAAUCGCCUCUAUCUUUGCCUGGACCAGAGGACUCCUCCAUCGUGCUAAGUUGGACAACAACGCUGAACUGAAACACUUUGCAGAUACUUUGGAAAAGGUUUGCAUUGAAACUAUUGAAUCUGGAACAAUGACUAAGGAUCUUGCUAUUUGUAUUAAGGGUAUGAAAAACGUAACAAAGGCUGACUACUGCGAAACGUUCGAGUUUAUGGACAAGCUCGCUCAGAACUUGCGGCUUAGUUUGAAUGCCAGCUCACAAUCAAGUAACUUGUAA